CUACUGGCCAUCACGUGGUCUAGACUGCGGAAACAGCCUUGCGUGUACUUUGUCACAGAUACUUUGUACACAAUACUCCACGUGUUUUCGUACAGUCGCUGAAACAGAAGUUCUAAUUCAUCUGAAAAUGACCCUGUCAGCUGCCGUCCACGUUCUCAUACCUUUCCUGCUUUGCAUUGCGCUCGCAAACACUCAUAUUUUCGACAAAGUUUUGGUGGACGUCAGUUAUGAUCACUACGCGGAGAAGAAAGUCGACAACCUCCCUGCCUUCCUGGCCAUGCCGUUUAACUGCCUGAUAAACGUAGGCUACAUAUUAUUGGCGAUCUAUUGGCUCUUGCAGCGGAUGCCGGAUGGUAAGAGCAACCGAGCGGCUGCCUACAGUAAAGAGGUGUUUGCGCUGAUGGCGCUGGCCUACGGGCCGGUGCAGUGGAUCCGCCUGGCCACCCUGCGGCGCGCGCCCUCCGUCCUGGACCAGUGGUUCACUUUACCUAUUUUUGCAUGGGUGCUGGUGUGGUGUCAAGUGAUUGAUAAGGGUUGGUCAUCUCGCUAUGCUUUAAUGGUGGAGUCGUGCUCUCUGCUCAGCUACGGGCUGUCUCUCCUGCACCCCCGGGGCUUUGAGGCGGCUCUGGGUCUCCACAUCGCCUCCGCCGCGUUUGCAGGCGUCCGCGCGCAGCUCAAACACGGAGACUCUGCGUCCAUGCGCUACUUCUGCUUGGCUUUGCUCUCCUGCGCCGGUUUCGUGAUUUUGAAGCUUCUGGAUCAUCAUCUCGCCGAGUAUUGGAUGUUUCAGACUCUCACCGGUCAUUUCUGGUCCAAAGUUUGCGACAUUCUGCAGUUUCAUUACAGUUUUUGCUUUCUCACGCGCCUCAGUGAAAAUGCACACAAACGCUCUUCAUAAAUGCUCUUUUGUAACAUUUAAUGAGAACAGAGUACUUAGAAGACAAUUAACUUUGCAUUAACAAAUACUUAUUAGCUUGUCACGCCACUGACACACGUAGCUAUAUUACUACAGAAUACAGAUGUGUAAUUAUCACUGUGAACACAAUCGCAAAACCAGCGGGUCAUCAUUUUAAAGGGGUAGUUCACCCAAAAAUGAACAUUUCCUCAUGCUAUACUUAAACUCGAAUGAUACUAAACUUGGACAGGGGUGUCCAAACUCGGUCCUGGAGCACCGUGGUCCUGCUGAGUUUAGCUCCACUUGGUUCAACACAUCUGCCAGGAAGUUUCUAGUAAGAGCUUGAUUAGCUGGUUCAGGUGUGUGUGAUUAGGGUUGACGCUAAACUCUCCUGCACUGAGUUUGGAGAAAAGCACAGUAACAAAACAUACUAUGGAAGUCAAUUGCUGCUUUUUUUCCAGCAGCUCUCUUCAGUAGGCAUGGGACCAUAACUUAUCAAAGUAUGCCAGGGUUUGGAAACGUCAAGAUUUUAAAACCACUAAAAUUUUCUGCAAUACCGUUCCUAUAGUAUGUGUUUGUUUUUUAUUCACUUUUUUUUGUUUGUUUGUUUGUUUGUUUGUAAGGAAAAAUAGUAUCUCCAGCAGAGAUCUCCAAACAUGCCACUUUAAAUUGUAAAAAUAUCUGUUUUUGAAAUAAAUGAAGACAACAGAAGUCAAUGAUUUAUUUGAAUUAUUUAGCCUGACAUGUUUACUGCUCCAAAAUAUCUUAAAUGUUUUUUAAAAAUGAAAUAUUUUGUGUUCAAAAGAGAAAAAUGUUUUUGUUUUUACCCAAACAUUUCAAAAAGAGCAUAUUUUAAAGCAGUAAUCACAAUACCGUGAUACUGUGAUAUUUUUAGCCAAGGUUAUCAUACCGUCAGAAUCUUAUUCCGGCCCAUGCCUACUCUUCAGUAAAUCUUCCUUUAUAUUCAAAAGAAGAAAGAAACCGGUUUUGAACAAAUGGUGGAUGAGUUUGGCAGAAUUUUUAUUUUUUUGGAUGAACUAUUCCUUUAAUGAAGAUCCAAACAGACUGAAACUUUGCAAUUAAUGUGAAAUAAUGUAAUGAUAUUCAGAUCAGAUUUGAACUCUGGUCAGUUUCUCAGUAUUCUCUCCAUUUCUACGGAAAUUGAAGUACAAGGUCUACACACAAGUCCUUAGUUAAGAACUUCCAACUGUUGUUUAUUUUGGGGUCAAGUGUUUGUGUCUAUAGAUCUAAUGAGAAAGCUAAUUUAGUGAAACUAAAAUGAUUGUAAUUUAUUUGUGAAAAUAAAAUGUCAAAAUAUC